GCUCCCCGCGAAAACCAACUUCGUUUCCCAGUGGACCCUCGUUCCACGCGCGCAGCACGAGCAUUUAACAACAGGCGCUUAUUGGACAGCGGCUUGCUGUAGUGUGCGAUGCGCACAUCUUAUGCGCGGGAAUUUGAAACUAACAGUUUCUUAUAAUUUUCUCCGAAUCUUUGGAACACGUAUAGGAAAUUUAUACCACUUCUGGUGUUUUUUCCUGUGUUGUGUGGCUUGUGAAGGUUUCUACCACUAGUGGGAUAUGUCGCUGGAUGUCACGGCGUGUUUGAAAGCGCUUUCUAGCGCAUUUUGUCAGUACAGAAGUCAUACGACUGAUCAAAACACGAAGGAUCUCGAGCGACAAAUCGACGUCUUAAUUGGUAUCACAUCGUCAGGCAAACCUCUGCGUGGAUUUAAUGCCAAAGAACUUCUUCCUGCAGAAUGUCUUUCUUCUCUGGUGGGUCUUUUGAGUGAGAGUAAUGUGAAAGCAAGUCUCCAUACAAAGACUGUGGUCCUACUCUUUAAUUUAGCAAAUGAUAGAGAGACAAGAGAGAUCCUUCACACAACAUAUCACCUCACAUCCACACUAGCAGCCCUUCUUCACAAGCAUCACCUUGCAUCUAAUGAAAAAAUGAUUUUACAGUGUCUGCAACUAUUAGAAAGAGUCACUUAUGGCUGCAAGAUUACAACACCAAGUGGAUACAUUGAGGAAUUGAUCAGAUAUCUGGUGACAAACAUACAGAAGCCAGAGUCAGACCUAACUAUUCCCUGUUUAGGCCUGUUGGCAAACCUUUGUCGACAUAAUCUACCAAUCCAGGCCCAUGUCAAGGCACUGGAGAACAUUAAAUCACUUUAUCGGACUCUGAUAGCUUUUCUCUCGCACAGUAACCUGACGGUGAUUGUUUUUGCGUUGUCCAUUUUGACAAGCUUAUCACUUCACGAGCAGCUGGGGGAGAAGCUGUUUAAUCCCAAGAACAUCCACCAGACUUUUCAACUUGUGUUCACAUUUCUUAUAAAUGGUGAGGGUCCAAUGACAAGACGAUCUUCAGUGGACUUGUUUGUUGACUUACUGGCCAGCCCUAAGAUUCAGCAGUCUCUUCUCAUACAUGAACACUUAGCUUUUUAUUUGGAACAGAUUUUGGCCUUGCUUCACUUAAAUCAGGCAGAGGAAGCAGGGAAGGUGUUUGAGCUGCUAUUGACAUUCUGCUCAGUGACUGGGUUAAGAAGUCUUGUGUGCAGAGCUCUGUUCACUCCUGCAAGCUCCAAACCAAAGGAUCCAAAUGUAAACAGUGCAUAUGAUGUUGUCCUAUACUGGGCCAGUCAGUCAGUCGAGACCCACUCCACUGUGUCCCUAAAGGCUCUUGAUUUCAUUAAGGAGAUUUAUGAGGAACUUGUUGAUGGUGGCCUGUUGAAUCAGUUAUCUCCCCGCACAUGUGAUCUGGUGCCGGUACUGACCCAGCUACUCAUACCACCAACAGAGAUUGACGGUGCUGUGCUUAAACAAAAGUGUGCACAGAUCAACAAGGCCUUAGAAGUUCUUAGUGUGCUCUGUUUUGAAGAUUCAUUGAAGAACAUUGUUUUAGGACAAUUGAAACUUGAUUACUGGUGGAAGCUGCUGGAAUACCAAUACCAGCACAACAGUGUGGGAACACGAAGUACUCUUGCACUAUCAUGGAGUUUAGAGGGUGUCAACGUUGUACUUCAGAUGUUAGACUUGCUUUGCAAAUUGAAGAAUGAUGUCAAAGGAUUAAAGGGUCAGCUUGCUUCUGCGUUACAAGACCAGCGGCUAGUCCCAUUCUUGGCACGCUCGAUGAGCAGCGAUUCGCGUGAUAGCGUCCAAAAAUCUCUCCGGAUUCUCUGUGAGGCAAACAGCUUGCCAGACUUCCAGGCCAUAUGGUUAGGGGAUUUAAUCGCCUCAAAUAACGCAGCUCGCGAGGAAGAGAUGACCCUGUUAAGAAGACCCGCCGAGACAGAACUGAGUCCCCCGUCAUCUCCUCGGCACCAGGUCUCUAUGAUCAACAGCCGGAACUCGACUGCACGAUCAGUAGGCCAGGAUCACGUUCCAGUUAAGAUAACAGCUCCUCCAAAGAACACACACCACGAUGCAAACAUCGAGUCCUUAAUUGAGAAGAUGAAGUCUGGAUUAGAGAUUAAGCCAGAUCCUCACGCCUCUGAAAUCAUGGACAUAUACGAGGCUAAAAUGGCAGCUCUGGUGACGAAGGAAAGUCAUCUUCAAGAUCUGUUGGAAGCAAAAGCUCUUGCACUGGCCCAAGCUGAUCGUCUCAUUUCGCAGUACAGGUGUCGAAGGGCCCAAUCGGAGGCCGAGUGUGCGAAACUUAUGCAGCUCUUACAGACCACAGAGAAGAAAGCAGAACAACAGGCAGAACAGAUAAAUGAACUUCUUCAAGCUCAAAAGGCUGCCACGAAAGAGAUGGAAGUCAUGAUGAAACAUAAUGAAAACCUGAAAGUUGUCGCUGAGGAACACGAGCAGCUGAAGAUUGCCUAUGCUGAGCAGUCACAAAGACUUGAAACAAGCCAGCGCAGUCUUAUGGCGGCUCAAGAUGAGCACAAAGCCCUGUCAGACUUGAACGAGAUGUUACGGCGACACAACGAUAACCUUAAGAGUCAGCACGACUGCACGUCGAAACAGCUCCAGGAGCUUGAACUGGAGAGGAAAAAGAUUGUACAACAGCUCAAAGAAAAGGAAGCCAAAUGCCAAGAACUCCGUAAAUCCCUUCAGAAACAAGAGGAAGAGAGGAAACAAUGCGAAAAGAAUAUCGACGAUCUGCAAGAGAAAAAUGAAUCACUGAAAAAUGAUUUAACAAAAGCGGAGAAAGAACGGAAGGAAUUAUCGCAUAAGCUGUCGUCGUUGGAACUCAUCUGUCGACAGAACGAAGACGUUAUCAAGAAGCGAGAAGAAGCUGUCAAGGAACUACAGUCUGAACUGGAUCGCCAGGCUCAAAUCGCUGCCAUGAUUCAUAACUUAAGCAGCGGCAAAGUACCGAUCAGUAAUUAUCGCGCAAACCCCAGCUAACGUACUUGCCAUGCUCUGUCAUUUGAUAAGUCUGUGAUCAAACCUUUUUAUAUAGGAUGUCUAUGAACCAUUGGAGAAGGCACUCAUGAAAGCAAAUUACUUGUACAUAGAUAAUUUAUUUUUAUAUCUGAUGGGUCUCAGACCAAAUAGAUAGCCCCAAACCAACCUCCUCAGCACGAAACUCGUAAAAGAAUCACCCGUAAUUUAUACAAUACGAAAUUAUUUUGUAGACAAAUCUUGCUAACAGAAUGAAAAUCUUGCUAUUUUAAUGAACGAAAGAUUAAAAUUUGCUCUCAAUGCAGGCAAUUGAUGUUGUGUUGUUUGUUAUUCAUUGACACUUGUGGAAACCGUUGUGUAAACUGGUUUAAUAGUCGAUGUAUUGCAAGAUUAUAGUUACUUUGUUUCAGAUGUACAGUGAAGGGAAACUACUUUUACCAGGAAUUUUCUUCCAGCAGCUUUCUUCCCUUCGAACACACUAGCGUUACAUUUGCAAAUUUCGAUUCGGAAUGAGCAGUGUAUUACGCUGGGGACGAUCUUUACCCCAAGAUGAAAGUCUUCAUGUCAUGACAUGUGGGGCUGGAAUAUCAACUUAAAGUCAAUUCUUACACCUUAAAGAUAGUCAACUAAGGUUAAUAGAAACAACAGAGAAGCAAUAACCAACUAUGCAGAAAAUGGGCAAGGAGUUUCAAGAAUGACUGGAAUUCGUUUCUCACGUCGUCACGCAAUGCUACUAACACACAAUGGAGCAUUGCGUGACAGUCCAAAUAACAGUUGUGAACGUCAUGAAAGUUUUGGCAAAUUUUUUGGCGCAAACGUUUUGUUAACUUGAUGCCACAAUUCUCUGCAGUGCGAAGAGUGCGUGUCGAACCAGCUCCUCGACCCUCAAAUCUUCUACAUUGUAAAGAGCGCCUUUGACGUUAAUCGUAGACUGAAUAGCCUGGCUCUAUCAAAUUGGAAAAUCAGUGAGCUCGAGGAGGCGUUUCAGCCUGGGAAAAAGAAUUUUUAUUUUCCAUGCCUUCUGGGCUGCAACGACAAUUCUCCUGUACACCCAAAAGUUUACUCGCUCAUGUGAAUGGCGUAAUAGGUGCAACGGCCGGUACUACGUGAUUUGAAAUUUGUAGAAAUCCCCCGCGUGCAUGAAAGUUGUUUCACCAAUCAGAUUAAUUGUAAAAACAAGGAAGGUUUGCUGCAUUAAGCUAAUUACUCUUAGGGCAUGAGUUACCGUAAUAUAUCUUCUGAGCAGUAAAGAUAGGUUUGGUACUCAACUGAUGCAGGCAUUUACGUCUUGAAAACUCUUGCGCUUUGCGGCCUUCGUGUCGUGCUGACGUGUAGCUCUAAACUGUCACGACUCGACCGAAAAACGUAUCUAAAGUUUCGGACGACCAAUUUUAGGCUAGGAAAUGUAGGUUUUUUUCCUCAAACAAAGGUGUUUAUGGUGUAAGGUGAUUAUGGUCUUAAUCUGCCCUACAGCAGUAGUAGCACUUUUUAUUGUGGAACUGAAUUCCACCCUUUAUCAAGGUAAGCUUUAGUUUGUAGACUUGUACGGUACGAGGCGAAGAUUGCCAUGAGUAACUUAAAGUUUCGUCUUUAUCCUAACAGUGCUAAGCAACCGAUUGCUGAGAAAAUAUCCAAAAUCAAAUUAAACUUAUAUUGUUGAAUUAAUUUAAGCGAUUACUUGAAGAACAACAAAGAGAAUUCAGUUUAAUAAGGCCAAUUGGCCUACUACUACUCACUCGUUGGUCGGCCAUUUGAAGUACGUCAUUCAGUCAACUUUUACAAGUUUGUAUGGCAGCUUUCGUUGACAAUACUACUCGAUCUUUGUCAUUUUUUAGAUCUUCCGACCGAUGCGAGUUUCA